AUGCCUAUAAAUAACCCAUGGAUUCGGUUUGGUAUAACAUUUGCAGAAAACAACUCUAUUGAAGAGACUAAUGUCAAUUUACAAAACCCACAAAAUAUAUUAGUAGAAACACAUGAUGAUAUAAUUGAAAAAGGACAAGAAAAAUAUAUAAAUUAUAAAAAAAAAUUUGAACUAGCUUUAACCUUAUAUGAAUGUGAGUUAGAUAAUAAUAAGUUUAUAACCAAUUUUGAUACUCUAGUAAUGCCCUUUUUGAAAGAAAUUGAUAAGUGUGAAGAAGUAUUACAAAGUCUUCAUCAACAAAAGACUUGGACAUCAGAAAACUCAAAGCUUGCAUUUUGGUUAUGCUAA